UUUUCUCUUUCCGGCCGGCGUGGGAGAAGCGUCUCUUAACAUGGCGUCUCGCAAGGAAACCACGGUGGCCGCCAGCACCGGCUCCUCCGCAGCCGCCAGCAAAGCCAGGAGCAAGGCGGCCCCGGGGGACUCGGCCGUCAAGCAGGUGCAGAUCGACGGGCUGGUUGUGUUAAAGAUUAUUAAGCAUUACCAAGAAGAAGGACAGGGGAAUGAGGUGGUCCAGGGAGUGCUGCUGGGACUUGUGGUGGAUGACAGGCUUGAAAUCACCAACUGCUUUCCAUUCCCUCAGCACACAGAAGAUGAUGCAGACUUUGAUGAAGUUCAAUACCAGAUGGAAAUGAUGCGAAGCCUUCGCCACGUAAACAUUGAUCAUCUUCAUGUUGGCUGGUACCAAUCUACUUACUAUGGCUCUUUUGUCACUCGUGCCCUCCUGGACUCCCAGUUCAGUUACCAACAUGCAAUUGAGGAGUCUGUAGUUCUCAUUUACGAUCCCAUUAAGACUGCCCAAGGGUCUCUGUCGCUAAAGGCUUACAGACUGACUCCCAAACUGAUGGAAGUUUGCAAAGAGAAAGAUUUCUCUCCAGAAGCGUUGAAAAAAGCAAAUGUUGCAUUUGAGCACAUGUUUGAAGAAGUGCCCAUUAUAAUUAAGAAUUCGUACCUGAUCAAUGUUAUGCUUUGGGAGCUGGAAAAGAAAUCGGCAGUAGCAGAUAAACACGAAUUGCUCAGUCUGGCUGGCAGUAAUCACUUGGGGAAGAGCCUGCAAUUGCUGAUGGACAGAGUGGAUGAAAUGAGCCAGGAUAUAGUUAAAUACAACACUUACCUGAGGAACACAAGCAAGCAGCAGCAGCAGAAACACCAGUACCAACAGAGACGUCAGCAAGAAAACUUACAGCGACAGAGUCGAGGAGAGCCUCCGCUUCCUGAAGAGGACAUGAGCAAACUGUUCAAACCUCCACAGCCCCCUGCCAGAAUGGAUUCACUGCUUAUUGCAGGUCAGAUUAAUACCUAUUGCCAGAAUAUCAAGGAGUUUACUGCACAGAACCUGGGCAAACUCUUCAUGGCACAGGCUCUUCAAGAGUACAAUAACUAAAGAGAAAAAAUCUGGUAUUUGAUAUAAUCUCCAACAAAAGGAGAUGCCCUGACUCUCAGUUUAUACUUCUGACAACACUUUUAAAAACAUUGUUUGUGUAUUGGAAAAAUAUCUUGUGAAACCAAGGCACACAGGUUUGCCUAGAAUUCUCUUCUAAAGAAAAAUAAAAGCAAAUUUUAACA